AUUUUCUUGUUGUGUAUGCUUCUAAUGAACAGUCAAUAGUGUCAAAAGAUCUGAAAUUAUUCCGGUACAUUCUUAUCGGAAUAACUCUGAAAUAAACAUCUCUUCAAUUGGUAAGGUAAAGACAAUAUUCAGUUGUCCAAUUAACACUGUUCAAGAUCAUCAAAAAGGAUUAAACAAUUCACAAAUAAGUAAGUAUCAUGGAGAAGAUGGAUGGAUCCAAGGAGGAGUUGCAGGCGAAAAAAUCGCGCGUCGAUCUUUCUUCGUUGCCGACUAGACAAUAUUUAGAUCAGACUGUGGUUCCAAUCCUGCUGCAAGGACUUUCGUAUUUGGCAAAGGAAAGACCCGCCGAUCCUAUUCCAUCCUUGGCGAAUUACUUGUUGAAGCAUAAAGGAUCGUACGAUUCUAGCCCGCAGAAUUCACCGCCAACCGAGACGGGCGUCGAUUCUGAAAAGAUCAAAUAAUUAUCAAUUAAUUUUAUUGCAACAUAAUUCGAUGACUUUCUAUGCUAGAAUAACUUUUACAUUAAAAUAAAUAUUAUAUAUUAUAUA